AGCACGAUGGAAGAAAACUAGGUUGUAAUCGCAGUGUGCCUUGUGACACUUUCCUCACACCACGCUGUGUUUACACUUUUCUUCUCGCUAAUGCGCCUACUUUCACAAGCCGCGCGCUGUGGUGGGGCUCUUACUUGCCUGCCUGCUUAAAAGAAACCAGACAACCGCAACUUUACUGUCGUGCUGAAAGUCACAAACUCCUUGACGGCGGAUGAAGGACCAGGGAGAAAAGGGCAUCCUCAUGUGAGUGAAUGGUAUUAAGAUGUUGCACAGGAGCACAUCUGCGCUGUAUCUAGUCUACCUCUCAGCUCUGGCGGUAGGAUUCCCGAUUUCAAGCUCCUCUCACAACACGAAAGAUUCCACGAGGACUGAACUGCUUGACGCCGGACAGAAUGAGAGGACAGUCACUACGGAACCCAUAACUUCGACGACUGCUGACAGCCCCGGAAAUAACAUCAAAGGAAGUUACAGCGAACCGUCUGCAGCGCUUACAUCACCAGACAAGAGUUCUGAACCAGUGGUAGAUUCAGGGGACAGGACAAGAGUUGAAUAUGGACAAAACAUGGCGUCUCUGAACUACUUCCAGACUCUACUUCUGAGUAUGUUGCAGCCCAAGCCAAUCGUGGACACGAUUCGAGAGGAAGACAAAUAUGGCAAUGACGGAGAACAGCUGGGUCAGGUGGGGCGCAGCAUCGUGGGAGGAGUGGAAAAAGUGACCAACUUCCUCAGCUCUGCUGUUGAUUUACCAUAUGACAUAUUGAAGAGCUUUACAAGGAAGGCAACAGAAAAACUGAACAACAUAGGAUCAAAGAUUGUUGGUCUUUGAAAGACACAUUGUCUUUUCAUGAAGUCUGUUAAAUUUGGCAAUACAUGUUCAUAAAGAAUGUUUUAGAAUGAAUUCCAGAAAUAUAAAAUAUAAAUGUAACACACAAACAAGAAUAUGUAUGUGUGAAACUAUAUGGGUCCUUCCCAUACAUAAUGUAAAUAAAUGUUUACCCCUUGUCCUAAGAUUGUAUCCAACUUACAGAAAAAGUUAAAGACCAAACUUCGACAUAUCAUUCUGUCUAAGUGGUAUUUUUCAGGUACGAUCAAACCUAUCAUCACUUACAAAUGUUUAAGAAAUCAUGUAAUGUGUCAUCUAAAAUAGGAUAUACUGAAUAAUAUAACAUAAUGUUGUAGAGCUUACAUAACCAAAAACAUUUAACAUACAAUGUCAGAAUCUGUAUCAGAAAAGGGUAAAUCAAACCAAUUUUUUUUGUUUUAAGGCAGUUUUUUUAUGCACUCAAUUCCACACUGUAAUGUUUCACAUUAAAGUGUUUAUAAUUUGAAGGUAGUUUCUAUAAAAAUAUUUUCACGUUGAUAAGAAUGUACAGUCUGUUAUGCAAGAAAGUGAACAUAAUUUUUCCUACCAUCAUACAAAACAAUAGAAGUCUAGUAUGCCCUAGUUACUGGGCAUGCUUUGUCUAGCCAAAUACAUAAAAAUAAUUUCUGUGAUUAAAUAUGCCAUAAAAUUAUUUACAAAA